UAUGUAUGUAUGUAUGUAUGUAUGUAUAUAUACAAGGAUCGGCGAAGAUAUCCGAUCGGCGCGUCGAUCGUCGACCGAUCAUCGAGGGUGCGGAGUAGCUCUCGCUUUGGAGCAUUAUGAUUGGUCGACGGAGCUUGCUUCGUACAGGCCAACCUGCCGCUACGCCGUGUCACCAUGUUAGUUUGCCGGCGAGAGCGAGCAGUCAGUCGCUUACUGUCCGCGACCGGGUAAACGUCGUUCGUACGAGCCAUGAAUUGAAGGCUCGGACGAUUAUCUCGUGCCGUCUCGUUCUUCGCGUCUUCUUUUUUUUCACGCUUUUUUUCCCCUCUUCCUCCUCCCCCUCUCCCAUCCCUGUUGUUCUUUCGUUCUCAACGCGUGAGAGCGGUCAACGACGCAGUCUCCAGGUAUAACCCCGGGCCGGUGGGUUACUAGUAAUAGAUAGUUUUUAGAAGAAAAGUAAUAUCAUACGUAUUAGUAAGUAAUAGUGUUAGUAAUUAGUACGUUUGUAAAUUUUUACGACGGGAAGCUCGUAUCGAAGGGAAUAAAAGAGAGGAAAAAGAAAAGGAAAGAGAAAGAAAAAAAGAAAACAAUACGAAAGGAAAAAGCUUUUGUUCCCGUUCGAAUUUUCGAGGAUCACCCUCUGUUUCUCUCUUCCUCUCUCUCUCUCUCUCUCUCUCUCUCUCUCUCUCUCUCUCUCUCUCUCUCUCUCUCUCUCUCUCGCUCGCUCACUCACUCGGUCCUUCCUCUAUCGAGCGGGGAAAGGAAAAGUGGCUCGGCUCUGUGUGCUCGGAGUGCGGUGAGGGAGAACGACACGGAGGCGUGCGAUGGCGGUGGCUGCGCCGGAGCCACGGCGGCCGCGCACCGUCUUUUCUGGUGGUGAACGUGCUUCCGGAUGUGCUACGGACUAUCGCCCCCAAAGAACUUUACGGCUGAAUCGGACCAAUUCUCUCUUCGUUUUUCACGCCUUCGUCCUACUGCUCUUUUUCUUCGGCAUUAAGAUCGACGCCCUCAGAGUCGGCGAUGGCACCGGUUGUGGGCCUAACAUGUUCAAAUGUCUCGACGGAAAGUGCAUACCGGCAUUGUUGGUCUGCAACUAUGAACGUAACUGCGAGAACGCCGAGGACGAGUUUCAGUCGUGUCCACCGCCCGAUUGCGAAGUCGGCCAAAUUACCUGCGGACAAUAUAUUUUCAAUAAAACCUAUUGUAUACCGUUACAUCAAAAAUGUGACAUUACGGUCGAUUGCGUGGACGGCUCGGACGAGGAUGGUUGCCAUUACAGAAAAUGUCAGCCGGACGACUUCAGGUGCGGUGGCACUCAUCCGGAACUUUGCAUACCUAAAGAAAAAGUUUGCGAUGGGUAUCUUGAUUGUCGGAACGGAAAGGACGAAGAAAAAUGUGAUACGAGCAUGAAGGCACCUUGUCAACUCGAUGAAUUCAGAUGUAAUACCACACAAAGGUGUAUAGAACAUAGCGCGAGAUGUAAUCAUAGAGACGAUUGCGGUGACAACAGCGACGAGGAACAUUGCAAUUUUCCUCCAUGUACGGUCGAUCAGUUUCGUUGCACUAAUGCGCUUUGUUUACCUCUGGUAUUCCGAUGCGACGGUUAUUUAGAUUGCACUGAUGGUUCGGAUGAAAAAGGUUGCUCGGUAACAGGCUGUCCUGGGCAUAAAUUCAUAUGCCCGAAAGGUGCACCAGGCGGGAAGCCACUUUGCAUUAACAAGUCUCAGCUUUGCGAUGGUAAAGUUGAUUGCGAGGAUGGCGCCGACGAGGAAGCUGCUUGUUCUACGAGUAUGUGCGGGUCAUUGAGUUGUGAAUACAAAUGUCAACCAUCCCCAACAGGAGGUGUUUGUUAUUGCCCUACGGGUAGAAUACUAGCGAACGACUCAAAAAGUUGCAUAGACAGAAACGAAUGUCUGGAAUGGGGCUUUUGCGAUCAACUUUGCGAAAACGUUGAUGGUUCUUAUACGUGCAGUUGUGCACCCGGUUAUGUAUUGCACGGAAACAAUGAGUGUCGUGCCCAAAAUAUCUCCUCUUUGGAACUAUUGGUUGCUCAAGAUCGUGCUAUUUGGAGGAUGUCAGCUAACGGAGAAGAUCCAAGAAUCGUUGCUAACACUACCGGUGCCAGUGGCGUCGAUUAUCUUUAUUCGAGAAAUCUUUUGUUCUGGAGUGAUACUAAAACAAGGAAAGUGCAUUCAGAAUCAUUGAAUGGUAACGCGGCUACCUCUAUUCUAGAUAUAUAUCUACCUGUUUCCUGGGGUCCUAUAUCGAUAGCUGUUGAUUGGAUAGGAGAGAAACUUUACAUUGUUGACUCGGUUGUACAAAAGAUCGAUGUAUUUGAAUUGGAUAGUCGAUAUCAUGGGAUCGUACUUGGAUCUAAUCUUACUAGUCCUUCGGAUAUCGCUUUAGAUCCAACCGUAGGUCUCAUGUUCAUUGCCGAUAGCAAACAAGUUCUGAGGGCAAAUAUGGAUGGUACCUCGGCAUUUCCGAUUGUAUCCGAAGCAGCAUACAAGGUAUCCGGUGUAACAGCCGAUACGAUAGCUCGGAGAAUUUAUUGGUGCGAUACUUUGUUAGACUAUAUAGAAACUGCUGAUUAUUAUGGACGAAAUAGAGUGAUGGUAGUAAAAGGACCGCAAGUUCCAUCGCCGGUGAGGCUGACUUUGUUUGAAAGUAAGAUCUAUUGGACGGAUAAUACGAAACAGGCAAUAAUGAGCGUUGACAAGAAGCAAGAGGGUUAUUCUAUAGAAACUGUGUUCAAAGUAAGAGACGCCAAAGCUGUGAAAGCUCUUCAUAUGUUAGCCCAACCAAUUGUUUCCAAUCCUUGUGGUAAUAACAACGGUGGUUGUCAACACAUGUGUAUAGUUACUGCUGUUACAAAUCAAGAGAAUAGUUUGGGAUAUCGUUGUGCAUGUGACAUUGGUUGGAGACUAUCGAGCGAUCUGAGAAAUUGUAAUUUGGUCCAAGAAUUCCUUAUGUAUUCGCAACAAAGAUUUAUCAAAGGUCGUGUGUUAGAUCCGGUGAUGGAGGGUUUUAGCGAUGCAAUAUUGCCUGUAGUCUCUAGAAGAGCUAGAUUCGUCGGUUUAGAUUACGAUGCUUAUGAUCAGUAUAUAUACUAUAGCGAUGUCUUGCAAGACGUAAUCUACAGGGUACAUCAAAACGGUACCGGUCGAGAAAUAGUGUUGGCGAGUCAAAACGAAGGUGUAGAAGGUUUGGCAGUGGAUUGGGCGGCGAAAAAUCUUUAUUACAUUGAUUCGCGCAAAGGAACGUUGAACGUUUUAAGCACACGAAAUGUAACAUAUAGGAGAACGCUGUUGAAAAAUCUUAAACGACCACGGGCUAUCGUCAUUCAUCCAAAUCACGGAUAUAUCUUUUUCUCCGAAUGGGAUAGACCAGCUAAUAUCAGCAGAGCACAUGCCGACGGAUCGAAUUUAGUAGUUUUCAAAAAUUUAACUUUAGGUUGGCCAAAUGGAUUGGCAAUUGAUUUUUACAAGGAUAGAUUAUAUUGGUGCGAUGCUUUACUGGAUCACGUUCAACAUUCAAAUCUUGAUGGUACGGACGUUCGUACUGUUAAUUCGAGAUUAAUACGACAUCCAUUUUCUAUAGCUAUACACGAACAGUGGAUGUACAUUACUGAUUGGAGAUUAGAUGCUAUAAUUCGACUUCAUAAGAAAACAGGAGAACAAGAAGCGAUUCUCGUUCGCGAACCAGCUUCAAAUAGACUUUACGGCGUGAAAGUUUACAGUCGUGAUGUACAAUCUGAAACAAAUAACAAUCCUUGUUCCCUGAAUAAUGGUGGUUGCGAAAAACUCUGCUUUGCGAUACCACGAAACUAUACAAAUCAGUUUGGCACUCUUCAUUUGAUUCAAGUUUGUGGUUGCCCUUAUGGCGAAAAAUUGCAAGAUGAUGGAAUGACAUGUACAGCUGAUCCCGAAUUGGAACCACCGGUACAAGCUUGCCCUAAUGCUUGGGACUUUACUUGUGCGAAUCAAAGAUGUAUACCACAAUCUUGGGUGUGCGAUGGCGAAAACGAUUGUUUGGAUAAUAGCGACGAAAUGCAAAAUUGUACGAAACUAACGUGCGGUACGAACGAGUUCCAGUGUAAAUCAGGUCGAUGCAUGCCUAUGAGUUUCCGCUGCGAUUCGGAGAAUGAUUGUGGAGAUUACAGCGAUGAGAUUGGAUGUCCGAAUAUUACGUGCAAUACAAAUCAGUUUGCUUGUGCAAAUAAUCGUUGUAUACCAGCGACAUGGAAAUGCGAUUCUGAAAAUGAUUGUGGCGAUAGUUCGGACGAGGGAGAUUUCUGUGCAGCCAAAACCUGCUCUUACUUUCAAUUUACUUGUCCACGAUCUGGCCAUUGUAUUCCUCAAUCUUGGGUAUGCGACGGUGACAACGAUUGUUUCGACCAACAAGACGAAGCCGAUUGUCCUCCUGUGACAUGUGUCAGUACGUUAUACACCUGUGCCGAUAAAAAGAUGUGUAUAUUGGAGUCAUAUAAAUGCGAUGGUAUAUCGGAUUGUAACGAUGGUAGUGACGAAGUUGGUUGUCCAUCAUUGGCACCUGAUCAAUGUAAUACCGAUAAACAAUUCCAAUGCGUUGGCUCAUCUAUUUGUAUUCCAAGAAGUUGGUAUUGCGAUGGUACGGCAGAUUGUCCUGACAAAUCGGACGAACCUCCUACUUGUGGACAAAUCGACUGUCAUCCUGGGUAUUUCAAGUGUCAAAACUCAAGAUGCGUUUUCAAAGCAUACAUAUGUGAUGGUAAAGACGAUUGUGGUGACGGUUCUGACGAAGAUACGACUUUACACGCUUGCGGUCCACCAGAACAUAAGUGUGAUUCGCAACAAUGGAAAUGUCCAAAUAUAACCAACAGAUGUAUCAACGUUACUAAAGUAUGCGACGGCAUAUUCGAUUGUCCUAACGGCGCGGACGAAGGAAUUGGCUGUGACUUGGCCGAAUGCCAACAUCAGAGUGGAUUAUGCAGCAACACCUGCAUUCGAACACCCCUAGGAGCUCAAUGUUCUUGUCCAGCCGGCGAAGAACUCGAUUCCGAUGGAUAUACUUGUCACGAUUUGAACGAAUGCGAUCCACCAGGUCGUUGUUCUCAGAUUUGCAUAAAUACCAAAGGAAGCUAUCAUUGUUAUUGUGUCAGCGGUUAUACUCUUGAGAAGGACAAGCAUACUUGUAAAGCAUUAAAUCACAGUGCAGCAUUUCUCAUUAUAUCUAAUAGGCAUACUAUAUUAGUUGCUGAUUUACAAGAUCAAGCUCUAGAGAGAGUACCCAUUAAUGUAGAGAACGUUGUAGCAACGGCGAGUAACAUGCAUACGGGAACAAUAUUUUGGUCCGAUAUGAAGUUAAAGAAAAUCUCAAGAUUGGAAAGGGGUAGCGAUCCGCAAGACGUUAUAUCAACGGGUUUGGAUUUAGUGGAAGGCCUGGCAUACGAUUGGAUCGGUCAAAACUUAUAUUGGUUAGAUUCAAAAUUAAAUACAAUUGAAGUGGCUAAGGAAACCGGUGAAAAAAGAAUGGUCCUCGUGAAAGAAAAUAUUACUCAACCUCGUGGAAUGUGUUUGGAUCCAAAUCCAGAUGCUCGAUGGUUGUUUUGGACGGAUUGGGGUGAAAAUCCACGUAUAGAGAGAAUUGGAAUGGAUGGUACGAAUAGAUCGACUAUUAUCAGUACCAAGAUAUAUUGGCCUAAUGGAUUGGCUUUGGAUAUAGCCAAUAAAAGAAUAUAUUUCGCCGAUAGUAAAUUAGAUUUCAUCGACACUUGUCUGUACGAUGGUAGUAAAAGAAUUCAGGUAUUAGCUAGUUCUCAUUACUUAUUACAUCCACAUUCGCUUACGUUAUUCGAAGAUACGAUGUACUGGACGGAUCGACAAUUAAAUAGAGUUUUAUCGGCACAUAAAUUUUAUGGCACGAAUCCAACAGUUAUAUCGCAUUUAAUAUCACAACCUUUGUCUAUACACGUACAUCAUUCGGUACUACAACCUAUGUCACAAAAUCCUUGUAAACGUCCUUUUGUUAAUGAAACGUGCGAACAUCUGUGUCUUCUUUCUCCAAGUAAUCCAUUGGGAUAUACCUGCAAAUGUCAAGUUGGUUUCAAAUUAGUCGAAGGUUACAAAUGUGUCGAAGAAGAAUCACCAUACUUGAUGGUAUUACGUGGAUCACAAAUUGUUGAUAUAUCUUUAACGCCAGGCGACAUGAAAACUGGUUACAUCACUCCAGUCGUUGGAAUAGAAGAUGGUCGUGUUAUUGAUUAUGAUAGAAAAGAUCGAAUAAUUUAUUGGUUGGAAGGAAAGGAAUCGGACGAUGAAAAUGGCACCAUAUAUACUAUACCUUAUGGAGGUGGAAAUAGAACUGAAUUUCCAAAUCCAGCCGGAGAUUCUGGAAUCGUUGGAUCUCCCUCCACAAUAGCAUUCGAUUGGCUUGGUAGAAAUUUAUUUAUAGGAAACCGGUAUGCUUCUAACAUUGAGGCUAUUAAAGUUGAUGGAAAAACGAAAUUUAGAACGAUUGUGUUAGCGAAUGAUGGCAACAGAACAUCCGUGGCAAGACCUAUAUCUAUGUGCGUUGAUCCUCUCGACGGGCAUAUAUUUUGGGUAGACGAAGGUGGUUUUGGUAUACCGAUGAAAAUAGGAAGGGUAAAUAUGGACGGUACUAAUCCACUUGUACUCAUAGAUAAUGUCGAAAAGCCAGUGGCUAUAACAAUAGAUAUUCCAAGUAAAACAGUUUACUUUAGUUCUAAAUAUCCAACAUUUGUAAUGUCAAUGAACACGGAUGGACAAAACGUUAGGACUAUUCUUUCAACUGCGAACAAUAUAGCCUUGCCAAAAGCUCUGGUGGUUCAUGAGUCUAAAUUAUAUCUUCUUGAUCCUCUCUUCGAUAAAAUUGAAAGAGUAGAUCUUCCUAAUGGAGAUAAUCCUACUACUAUAAUCGAUAACGAUUCGGAAUUGAAGACCAUGAUUAUUUAUAAAAAACGUAUUACCGGCAUUCAUCCGUGUCUUAAUAACAAUGGAGGUUGCGAGCAGCUAUGUCUACCAUCUUCGGGUGGAACCAGAGUAUGUGCUUGUGGAAUGGAAUAUCGUGAAAUGGACGAUACCAGAUGUGAACCCUUCAAGACUUUCGCUGUUGUAUCUCAAUUGGAUGUGGCGAGAGGAUACAGUCUGAAAGAUGCUAAAGAAGCGAUGGUACCCAUUGCAGGAACUGGACAUCACAUUUUACAUGUGGACGUUCAUUACGCAAACAAUUGGAUUUAUUGGGUAGAAUUUAAUCGUGGUAUAUGGAACGGAAUUUUCCGUGUCAGACCAAACGGAACGGAACUUCAACAAAUUAUUAAACAGGGAAUAGGUUCAAAUGGUAUUCGUGGAUUGACCAUAGAUUGGAUAGCUGGCAAUUUGUAUUUUGCGAAUGUUUUCCCACAUGAUAAUUACGUAGAAGUUUGCAGAUUAGACGGUAGCUACAGAAAAGUCCUUAUAAAGACGAUGACCGAUGCACCCAGAGAACUAGUCGUUAAUCCCAUAAAAAGAUAUUUAUAUUGGAUCGAUUACGGACAAUAUCCAAGAAUAGGCAAAGCACUUUUAGAUGGAAGUAAUUCCUCGUCCAUCGUUACAUCUGGUAUAAGUACUCCGCGUGAUUUAACCGUCGAUCCUGUGACUCAUGAUCUUUAUUGGGUAGAUUCUAAAUUGGAUACGAUACAAAAGGUAUCAUAUACCGGUGGAAAUCGUCAGAUAAUACGUCGAAACUUACCAAAUCCAAUGGGUGUAGCGAUUUAUGGCGAUGACGUUUAUUGGGUGGAUAGAAACUUAGCUACAGUCUUCAAGGCCAGUAAAUAUCACGGCAAUACUAGCUUACCUACACCAGUUAGAACGAAUUUACAAAAAUUAAGAGAUAUCGCUAUCUUCGAUCAGAAAAAUCAACCAUCCGAUUUUACGAAUCCAUGUUCGGUUAAGAAUGCCGGAUGUGCACAGCUCUGCUUUGCUUUUCCAAAUGAUCGAUUCGUAUGUGACUGUGCAACCGGUAAACUGUUAAAUGACGGUGAAACAUGUGGAAAUAUGAACGAAUAUCUUGUAUUUGCAACGAGAACGGAAAUUAGAUCGAUUGGAUUAGAUCCUCGUGAUACGAGUCUUCCAUUCAGUCCAAUUGGUAAUUUCACGAAUGUAGCUGGUAUUGAUUUCGAUUAUGCUGACAAGAAACUUUUCUUUACGGAAAUUACACCAUGGGCACAGAUUGCAUGGAUGCAGGCAGAAAAUCCAUCCUUAACCGAUAUGCAUAUUCUUCUGAACAAAGAUAUCAAUCCAGAGGGUAUAUCAUACGAUUGGACUCAAAAGAAAGUAUACUGGGCUGAUUACACCAAUAAUAGCAUCUAUGCAAUGAAUCUCGAUGGAUCAGAUAUGGUAAUGAUCGCAAGAGUUAAUAGACCUAGAGCUAUCGUCGUUGAUCCUUGCAAUGGAUCGCUGUACUUCACCGAUUGGGGUCGAUUCGGUACGUCAGGAAAAAUUUUCCGAACUACUAUGGCUGGUUCAUUGAAAAAAGCUAUCAUCGAUAAGGAUUUAUUACAGCCAAGCGGAUUGGCUAUCGAUUACGAAGAACGUAUGCUUUAUUGGACUGAUGCUGUAAGGGAAAAAAUCGAAAGAUCGGAUCUUAACGGGAAGAAUCGUGAAGUUUUGGUUAGCGCUACGAUUUAUCCAUUUGCCAUCACUGUCUUCCGUGAACAUAUUUAUUGGACUGAUCUUCAACUUAGAGGUGUAUAUCGUGCUGACAAGUAUACAGGUGCCAAUAAAGUAGAGUUAGUUAAACGAUUGGAAUAUUCGCCAAGAGAUUUGUUCGUUUAUUCCGCGGAAAGGCAAAUGUGUAAAGUCAAUCCUUGUAACAUCAAAAACGGAGGAUGUGAUCAAUCUUGUCAUCCUGGAGUUAAUGGAUCAGCAGAAUGUAAAUGCGACGAUAAUAGCAGGCUCGUCAAUGAGGAUAGAAUGUGCGUUCCUAAGAACGUAACUUGCGAUGCUAGUAAAUUCGCUUGUAGAAAUGGCCGUUGCAUCUCUAGAAUGUGGGCAUGCGACGGAGAUGAUGAUUGCAAUGAUGGCUCAGACGAGGAUACCAACUAUUGCUCUUACCAUUCGUGUAGUCCGAACGAGUUCCGUUGUAACAACGGCCGUUGCAUUUUUAAGACAUGGAAGUGCGAUCAUGAGAAUGAUUGUCGUGAUGGUAGUGACGAAGAAGGUUGUGUAUAUCCACCUUGUGCUCCGGGAGAAUUCACUUGUGACAAUUAUCGUUGCAUUCCACAAUCUCAAGUUUGCAAUGGAAUUAAUGAUUGCAAGGACAACGUAACGUCAGACGAGACGCAUGAUCGUUGUCCUCAGAAUACGACAUGUCCUCAGAAUCAUUUAAAAUGCGAGAAAACAAAUAUUUGCGUGGAGCCAUAUUGGCUUUGCGACGGGGACAAUGAUUGUGGUGACAAUAGUGACGAGAAUCCAUUACAUUGCGCACAAAGAACUUGUCCUCCAAACAGCUUCCGUUGUCCGAAUCACAGAUGUAUACCAGCUACUUGGUAUUGCGAUGGAGACGAUGAUUGUCUCGAUGGUAGCGACGAACCACCUGGUUAUUGUCAAUCCGAAGGUAGAACUUGUUUUGGGGAUUUGUUCACUUGUGACAAUGGUAAUUGCAUUCCUAGGAUAUACAUAUGUGAUGGAGACAAUGAUUGCUUGGAUAAUUCCGAUGAAGACGAACGACACCAGUGUAAUGACAGAAAAUGCGACGAAGAAACAGAAUUUACAUGCACCGCUAACAAAGUAUGGAAUCGAGCUCAGUGUAUUCCAAAGAAAUGGUUGUGCGAUGGUGAUCCAGAUUGCGUCGAUGGUGCAGAUGAAAAUGUAACGUUACAUCGUUGUCCAGAUCCAACUCCAUGCGGAGAAAAUCAAUUUACUUGCAACAACGGACGUUGUCUUAAUAAUAAUUGGCUUUGUGAUCAUGACAAUGAUUGCGGCGACGGUAGCGACGAAGGAAAGAUGUGCAAUUCUCAAUAUAAACAAUGUUCAGCGCAAGAAUUCACAUGUCAGAAUUUCAAAUGUAUUAGAAAACAAUUCCGUUGCGAUGGCCAAGAUGAUUGUGGUGAUCAUUCGGACGAAGUAGGAUGUCCAUCCAAAGUUAAAAAUACUACGUGUCCAAAUCCUGGAGAAUUUAUGUGUGCCAAUGGUAAUUGUAUAGAUCAACAAUUAGUUUGUAAUAAAGAGCCAGACUGUGCCGAUGAAAGUGACGAACCAGCACAUUGUAAUGUCGAUGAAUGUGCACGUCCAGAAUUGAAUCAAUGUGGACAUAGAUGCGUUGAUACGCCAACUAGUUAUUAUUGCGAAUGCAAUCCGGGAUAUAAACUUUUAGAUGAUGGAAAAGCAUGUGUUGAUAUUGAUGAGUGUAUAGAAAUGCCUCAAGUGUGCAGUCAACAAUGUGAAAACACACCGGGCGGAUUUUAUUGUAAAUGUGACGAACGUUGGUAUGAGAGAGCUGCUGAUGAACAUACUUGUAAAAGAAGAGACAGAAUUGAACCAUGGGUCAUAUUCACUAAUAAAUAUUACGUUAGAAACAUGUCAACAGAUGCAACAAAAUACAGUUUAAUGCAUCAAGAUCUCAUUAAUGUCGUUGCGUUAGACGCCGAUUAUACACAAGAAAUGUUAUACUUUUGUGAUGUAACUGCAAAGACUAUAUACAGAGCACCUGUAUCUGGUGGCAAGAAAGAACCUAUUAUACGUCACGAUAGCUUAGGCUUAGAAGGAAUUGCUAUUGAUUGGGUUGCAAGAAAACUUUACUGGUUAGAUCGACAUGCAAAACAUUUAGAUGUUUCAGAAUUGGAUGGUACUAAUAGGAAAACUUUACAAUCUGGAAUAGCAGAUCCAAGAGCCAUUGUGGUCCAUCCUGGUAUUGGAUAUUUGUACUUCACUUCUUGGCAUCUGCAGGCAUAUAUUGGAAAAAUGGGUAUGGACGGUAGCAACUUCACUCGAAUUCUUACAUGGGAAGAUGAUAUAGCUUGGCCAAAUGCUUUAACUAUCGAUUAUUUCACCGAUCGAAUAUUCUGGGCUGAUGCUCAUUUGGAUUACAUAGCAUUCGCUGAUCUAGAAGGACAUAAUAGACGAAUCGUUCUUUCUGGUACCGCGGUACCACACGUUUUUGCUAUUACAGUGUUUGAUGAUUUUAUAUAUUGGACUGAUUGGAAUCUCAAGGCUAUCAGUAGGGCAGAGAAAUUUUCUGGUGCAAAUUUGAAAAUACUACGUAAUACGACGCACAGACCUUACGAUAUUCAUAUAUAUCAUCCAUUACGACAGUUACCGUAUAAUAAUCCUUGUGCAUUAAAUAAUGGUGGAUGUUCGCAUCUCUGUCUUAUCGCUCCACCAGCAAGUUCUUACUUGGUCGAAGGCUAUGGUCAGCCAGGUGUAACAUCCUACAAAUGUAAAUGUCCUAAUCAAUUCAUUUUAAAUAAGGAUGGCAAAACUUGUGUAGCAAACUGUACCGCUGGACAACACCGUUGUGGUCCACCCGAUGAAAAGUGUAUACCAUGGUUCUGGAAAUGCGAUGGAGAAAAAGAUUGUAAAGAUGGAUCAGACGAGGCUACAAAUUGUCCUCGACGCCUGUGUCGCCCAAGUGUAUUCCAAUGUGCAAAUGGAAAUUGUACUGCUAGCGUAACGGUGUGCGAUGGUGCCGAUGAUUGUGGAGAUAAGAGCGACGAAGCAAAUUGCUCGUUAGAAUGUCCAGAGCUCGAAUUUAAAUGUAAAUACAAUGGUCGUUGUAUACACGAUUCAUGGAAGUGUGAUGGGGAUGCUGAUUGCAACGAUGGCAGCGAUGAAGAUCCAACUAUAUGUCAUAACAGAGCGUGCGAUCCAAAUACGGAGUUCAGUUGUAAAAAUGGAAAAUGUAUACCAAAAUUAUGGAUGUGCGAUUUUGACAAUGAUUGCGGAGACGACAGCGACGAACCAGCUUAUAUGUGUCGACAAAGAAAUUGUACUACAGGAUGGCAACGUUGUCCAGGACAUGCAAAUUAUCGAUGCAUACCUAAAUGGCUUUUCUGUGAUGGAAAGGACGAUUGUCGCGAUGGUUCCGACGAACUUCCCGAAAGUUGUCCAGUAUGUGAUCCGAACAUGGAAUUCAAAUGUUCAAACAGUAGAUGCAUACCGAAACAAUGGAUGUGUGAUUUUUCGGACGAUUGCGGAGAUGGCAGCGACGAAAGUGAAACUGUUUGCAAAGGAAAAUAUCGACAAUGUUCCGAAUCAGAAUUUAGAUGCAAAAAUGGAAAGUGCAUUUCUUCCAGAUGGAGAUGCGAUAGCGAGGAUGACUGUGGUGAUAACAGCGACGAAAUAGAUUGUCAACAGUACGAGUGUGAGAACUAUACAUUCAAAUGUAAUAGUGGCCAUUGCAUUGCUGCUUAUUUGCGAUGCGACGGUACGCGUGAUUGUCGUGAUAUGAGCGAUGAAAUGGGUUGUCCACCAAGAUAUCCUGGUGGACGAUAUUGUCCACAGUCACGAUUCGAAUGUGAUAAUAAUCUAUGCGUGUCAUUAUCCGAUAAAUGCGACGGAAGUGAUGACUGUGGCGAUGGAUCGGACGAAAAUCCAGCUAUGUGUGCCAAUUUCAAUUGCGAUACGUUAAGAAGAUUCCAAUGCGCAAAUCACAGAUGUAUCGCUAGAUAUCAAUUAUGCGAUGGAAUUGACAAUUGUGGUGAUGGUUCCGAUGAAAAUAAUAUGACGAUGUGCGCUACUAGAAUGCGCCCUUGCGAUCCAAUCUUAGAGUAUCAAUGUGCAAAUAAAAAAUGUGUAGAGCGAACGAAAUUAUGCGACUUUGCCGAUGAUUGUGGAGAUUCAUCGGAUGAGUUGGGAUGUCAUCACUUUAAGCCUUGUUUGGACAUUAACAAGGGUGGCUGUUCUCAUUAUUGUCACAAUAUAACUGAUGGCGGAUAUAUUUGUGCUUGUUAUCCUGGUUAUAUAAUUUCACAAGAGAAUAGAAAACGUUGCGAAGACAUUAACGAAUGUGCGACAGGACAACAUCAAUGUUCCCAAAUCUGUACGAAUCUUAAUGGUUCUUAUGCGUGCUCUUGUAGACAUGGAUUCCAAUUAUCAGAUAAUUUAAGCGGAGUUUGUCGAGCAGAGGAUGACGAAGUUAUGCUUCUGUUUGCGAAUGGACAAGAAAUUAGAGCUUAUAAUUUUCGUAAUAGGGAAGAAAUUGAUGUUAUUGCUCAUGAAAAGAGAAUACAAGCUGUUGAUUUCGAUCCAGUAAGAGAAUACAUUUUUUGGAUCGAUUCUCAUGACAAUACAAUUAAACGAUCCUACAUGGUAAACGCAAGGGGUGGUAAAGUGAAAAUUGGUUUUGCACAGGAUUUGGAUAUGAAAACCGAUUCAAAACCAACCGGUUUAGCAGUCGAUUGGAUAUCUGGUAAUUUGUAUUGGAGCGAAGUUGAUGAUUCUGGUGUAAGGCCGCUUGGACGAAUAAUGGUUUCAAAGUCAGACGGAAGAUAUCGUCGAAGUCUUGUAACAUUGGAUUUGGAUAGUCCGACCUCGAUUGUUUUGGAUCCACAACUUGGUCGACUCUUAUGGUCUGAUUCUGGAAAUCAACCGAAGAUAGAAAUUGCUUGGAUGGAUGGACAGAAACGUAAACAAUUGGUCACAGAUAGAAUUGGUAAACCGUCGUCCCUUGCUAUCGAUUAUGCGAUGGAUCAUACACUUUAUUGGUCUGAUAGCAAAUUAAAUACUAUUGAAUCUAUACGAUUGGAUGGUACAAAUCGGAAACUUAUAUUAAAGGGUGAAAAUCUAAAAUAUCCCAUGUCGUUAGAUGUAUUCGAAAAUAAUUUAUAUUGGACAACCAAACAGACUGGUGAAUUAAUAAAACAAGACAAGUUUGGUAGAGGCGUUUCACAAAUCUUAGUUAAAGAUAUUCUCACCCCAGGAGGAGUCAAAAUUUAUCAUCAAUUGAGAUACAACAUAACAUUACGAGAUCCAUGUUUCAAUGAUCAAUGUACUCAUCUGUGUGUAGCAGUCCCAGGUGGACACCGAUGUUUAUGUCCAGAUAGCGUUGGUCCACACAUUCCACAAUCCAGUGAAAGACAAUGUGAUGCUGCUAUACAAAGAGCUCGGCCUGCUCCAAGAGUAUGCCUUUGUCAGAAUGGUGGUCUUUGUCAAGAAGUGGUCGACAAUAAAUUGAAAUGUGCUUGCCGACAUAAUUUUGAUGGAGAAUUUUGUGAAAUUGGUGUUAUGGUGGCGAGAACUGGUAGCUCUACCGCUGCUAUUGUUAUUCCUAUUGUUGUAUCGAUCUUAGUUUUACUCGGAGCUGCUGCAGUGAUUAUGGUACUAAAGAAACGACCAUUUGGUAAACCAGGUGGUCUUGGUGGCCUAACUGGUGCUCAAAGUGUAUCCUUUAGGCAAGGAAGCAACGUAGAAUUUGGAGCAGUAGCUCACGAACGAAUGGAACCCCUCGAUGUGGAAUAUAAUCUAAAUGAAGUGAGUAACAAAAAUAGAGACUUUAGUAAUCCAAUGUACGAUGCAGUGAAUAUGGAAGCAGGUGCUACUAAUGGCACUAGUGCAAGCAGUAUGUAUGAAGUGCCAGCUGAAAUGAAACCUUCUAGUGUGCAGCACAAAGAACCGCCGCAAAUUCAUCUUAAAAGAAGAGAACUCGAUCCUACGCCUAUUGAUUCGGGUAAGGAUACUCAGCAAUUGGUAGAAGAAGAUAAGUCCGAGUGUUAGGUAGUUUAACUCGAAUAUAUAUAGAGAUGCUUUCACACCUGUUGUACUUUGAUCUCGACAUAUCUGUACUGUGUAAAAAUUGUUAUUAUAACGAUUUGUUGAAAAUAUUGAAAAGAAAUUAAUAAUUGAAAAAAUAAUGUUAUUUUAUAGAACAAUAUUUUGAUUUUUCCUUAUAACGAGCUUAUUUUUGCUCUUACAGUUACCUUUUAUUUAUGUCUAUUUUAUUUAUUGAGGAUGCAAAGAUCUUGUUAUGUUUUAAUAAAGAAAACUUAUUUCACAUA